AUGGAAACAGGAUGCCAUCCAUGGGGUUUGUUUGUUGAUGAUGAUCAAACUCUUUACAUAGCUGAAUGGUCGAAUCAUCGUAUUUUGGAAUGGAAAUGCGGUGCAACAACUGGUCGAGUUGCAGCCGGUGGAAAUGGACAAGGAAAUCAUUCUAAUCAGUUGAACGCUCCGACAGAUGUGAUUAUUGAUAAAAAAAGAGACAGUCUCCUCAUUUGUGAUUGGGGUAAUAAACGAGUAGUUCAAUGGCCUCGUCAAAAUGGUAAAAAUGGAGUAACGAUCAUUUCAAAUUUUGCAUGUUGGGGCUUGACUAUGGACUAUGAUGGACUUCUUUAUGUUGUUGAUCCAGAUAAACAUGAAGUUAGACGAUACAGAAUGGGAGAAAGUCAAGGAAUAGUCGUUGCAGGCGGAAACGGACAAGGGAAUCGGCUAGAUCAGUUGAACGGCCCAAGGUAUGUCUUCGUCGAUCAAGAUCAUUCAGUAUACGUAUCAGAUCAGUCUAAUCAUCGUGUUAUGAAGUGGAUGGAAGGUUCAAAACAAGGAAUUGUUGUGGCUGGUCGAGAUUCAAGAAAUAGUCUUGCACAAUUAUCAAAUCCACAAGGAAUUUUCGUGGAUCAGUCAGGUACAGUUUACGUGGCUGAAUGGGGAAAUCAUCGAGUAACACGUUGGUCUCAAAGAGCUAAACAGGAAAGUGUCAUCAUUGGUAGGAAUGUUCAAGAAAGUCAAUCUAGUCAACUAGAUUGUCCCACCGGUUUGUCAUUUGAUCGAGAAGGCAAUCUCUAUGUGAGUGAAUAUGCAAAGCAUCGAGUACAAAAGUUCAAUAUUGAUCGAAGUUAA